ACCCCAUUACUUAUUGUUUUCUUGAUUCUAGGAUUACUGUUUAUUUCAGCCAUAUAAAUAAACUUUAUACACAAAUGCCCAGAAAUCUAAAGUACCGUAAUGAACAGUAAUGUAGCAGCUGGGAAAUUUGUUGUCGCUGUGCAGAGAAAUUGCUGGCGCACGCGAUAUUUUACAAAAAUUCGAAAAUUUGAAAAAACAACACGAGUGGAAUUUCAACUGAUGAUUUUGCAUUUUUAAGACGGCGAUCAUGGAAAUUAAAUUGUAGGAAAAACUUCACUAACAUCUCAAGUAUGGAAAGCAUCUACAUUAUCAGCAUUUUAAUUUUGGAUUGAUUCAAACUUCAGGCGAUAAAGUUACAUAGCUAGGAGUUGGCUUUUGUGCUCUUCGAAUGUCCAUUUUCAUUCGCGGAUUACCACAAUUUGUUGGUCUCAUGGGUGCCAAAAUCGACAUAAACGUAAACCGGUAACCAAGAGCUAUAAAACAAAUAGCUUUUCAAAACGAUAAACUUUAUUCAGUCAAAAGGAUGAGGGUAAAUAAACAUGCUACUGCGUGAUGGUGAUUUUGAAGCAACUUUAUCACAUAUAUUUUAAAAAGUGGGAUAAUGAAUCAAAUUUUGCUUUUUUCAAUCCCAAAAAGGUAUGAAAAUUAUUUAAAUAUUUAAGGUUUCCGUGUUUAUAAUGUAUUUUUUGAGAAAAGUAAACAUUUUUCCGAUAAAAAAGCAUAGUUUCUGCAGAAAACUGUUUUUUGAGGUAGAAUAUCCUGGGAGAGGGGGUGUAGAAGUGUGGGCGGAUAGCAAAAAACUUUGACGAUUUCACCAAAAAUUUAAUACCAAAUUUUGUUUUGUCUUAGUUUGAUAUGUAAUUUAAACAAGUUUUUUUACAUCUAAAAAUUGCCCCUCGUGAUCAAAACUUGGAUUAUGUUCGCAGUAUUGUCUAUUUGUUUACUUCUGGAGAUCAAAGUUUGAGGUCCAAUUAUUUUUAAAGUUUGCAAACUACCCAGCUAAUUCUUGGCUGUUGUUUGCAGCCUUGUAUGCUGAUUAAAAUUUAGUUUAGUCCACAAUAGUAGAUCCUUUCAAUGAAAGGAAAUUAAAAAUAGUAUAUUUGAUUACUUUUACAGCACAGUUAGUACAUAGGUAGGGUGCAAUACCAGGCCAAAUUGCAAAAAAAUUUACCGAAAUCUCCAAAUUUAAAAUCAUAUUUUUUUGCUCCCAAGGCACAUAGGAAACAUAAUUUAACAAUGAAUUUUGUUGAAAAAUUGCCCCUUUGCGUCUAAUUUCGCUUUGAAAUGCGUGCGUUUACUGCUCUUGUAUGAGAUAAGAGUUCGAAAACAUUCGAACUACUGAAAAUGUAAUGAAAUCGACAACUUGACCUUGCCCUUGGCCUUAAGUCCUUGUACUGCCUCAGCACUGAAAUGUUUUUAUAUUAAACAACGAUAAUUUACCAAGUUUCUUGGAUAUUUUCCUUGUUUAACUAAUAGAACCGAACAUACAAGUGCAUUAGAAGACUAAGCGAGAGUUUUGUGUAGAAAUGCUCUGUUUACGGGAAGUUAUUCUGCAUUCGCAAGCGUCAACAAAAGCCGGCAUUUUCACAGUUUGAUUAUCAUGUCGAUAGAUAAAAGCUUUAAAAAUUCAAUUGAAAACAUUUUAAACCACCCGUAUUUCUAUUAAAUAUAUGUUAGUGGUAUUAACAUUGAACGUCUUUCUGUUUGAACCCAAAUUCGUACUUGUUUUGCUUUUGACAAGGCAGUCAAGCUUGCGACGAUUGCCAGGCAUGACUGCAGAAUUAAUAGCGUGUCAAAUGUCUUCUUGUUUGUGUCAAGUUUAUAAUAUUCUACUGCUGUUCAAACACAAACGAGAUAUUCUAUACACUGGAAACGUAGAGUACAUUUUACUUUGUCUCGAGCAAAAAAUUAUAAAGAUUAAACAGGCAUUCAAAAAUAUACAACAACCACGAACAUCUCGUUAUUUCUUCGGGGAAAUCUUCAAGUUUCAAUGGAAAUCUGGCGCAUGCGCAACAAAUUUCCCAGCUGCUCAGUAAUGUCAUUUGUUUUUUGUGACGAGCAAACGCUGCUCAAAAAUACUCACUGCUCAGUUUCAAGAUGGAGGGUUCAACAGAGCAUCUUCUUGCUUUAAAAGGUAGGAAUUUGCGUUAUUUUAUAGAUUUGAUUGGAAAAAUAAUUUCAAGUAGUAUUUUUAUUUGUUAUUUUAAUACUAGUUUCGUGGUUGCUGCAUAUAAAUAACAUUUUAGCUUGAAAUUUAAUGUGGGAAUCCGUGGGAAAAUAUUUUUGAAUGUCUUUGAGUCAUCAUCUUUUUGAGGCUUAAUUUAUAGGUUUUUUCAAGUACAAUCUUAGGAAUCUCGAAACAUUACCUAUACUCACGAGAAACUACAAGAUUUGUUAUGAAUAUUUGAAGGUUACAUAACAUGUUAUCUUUAUGCAAAUCUGAGUAUAGACUGUAUAGUCAGCUAGUGCAAUUAAUGCAUGAGUCAAUUCCAGGAGUAACCAUCCCCCCCCGGGAACACACCCGGGCAUUUGAUUUGAUUGGUUAUGAUAGUGUAAAUGCCCGGGUGCCGGGACACAACUUGAAGACUAAUGCACGGCCCCUGGGCAAGCUGAGAGUGGAAAAUGCCCACCCCGGGGACGAUUUUACAGUCGAUUUCACGAAACUUUGACCACAAAUGUUCCGAACUUCGCUGCGAAGUUUGCAAGUUCGUUGCGAAGUUCAGAAGCUCAUAUUGGAAUUCACAAGCCAAUUUGUAAACAAAGUCCCUGAUUGGUCUGUGAAGUAAAAGAAGCCAAUCAAAUGCGUAGUUUACGAACUGGUUUGUGAAUCUCAUUAUGAACUUUUGAACUUCGCAACAAUCUUGUGAACUUCACAACGAAGUUCGGAAAAUUUGUGGUCAAAGUUUCGUGAAAUCGACUGUAAACGUUAAUUAAACUUUUAAUGGCAUAUAAUCAUAGUCAUUUAAUAACAUUAUAGUAUUAAACUGUUAUGGAAUAUUAUAAAACAUAAACCUUUAAUAGUUGUAUUUAAAUUUGCAUGGCACAGGGUAUAAUUUUCGCUUAUUCUUACAAUAAAUUUCACGCCACCUUGACCAUGAGGGGGCAAAAUACGAUCAGCGUGCCCACAUGCGUGCCUGAAACUAUGUUUUCUGCCAAUACCCGGCCCCCGUGCACAUAUAUGAAAGGCAAAUUCCCAACCCCUGUGAACUGUCUAUCGGGCAAAUUCCCGGGGGUGUCCGGGGGGGGGGGAUGGCUCGAAAAUUUGAUAGUAAAUAUAUAGACCAGGGUGCAUUCCAUGUAGGCCGUAGGAUGAGCAUCCAAAAGAUGCAAUUCCAUUGUACCCCUCGUGUAACUACGUAAUUUUCACAUGAAUCAAUAGAUAAAAACUUACUUUAUCAGAAUCCGUUGCUCCUCAAGCGAAACAGGUGCACAAUUGCGAAAAUAAUCCCUCCAAAGUCGUAUUUUCCCGCUUCGAAAUAUUUGAACCGCCAUUGUUUUGGUAGCAAACAUGCAUGCGCAAGUCAGCCAAACUUGCACUGCGCACGCGCAGACGCGAAAAAUCAAAAUAAAAUCACGGAAUAAAGAUCAAACCUUUGUAAUAUUAACGAAUAAAUACACACACAUUAAAUAUUGUUUAAAAUACAUUGUACAUUUUGCUUGCUCAUAUACUGAAUCACUUUCAAAAUACCGUUUUAAUGUUUAAUUCUACUUAUUAACAUCCUAAUUCAAUACAAAUUUGUGCGACGUAAAAACUCACUUGUAUCAAACAGGACGGAGAGUAUAUAAAUAUACAUACGAUUCACACGAUCAAGGAAAAUUUUUUAAUAUUUUGCUUAAACUAAAGCCUUGGCCAUACGUAAGAAACAUUGUCGCGGAAAUAUUCGUGAUUUUCAAUGUUUGCUCAAUGUUUGCUCAAUGUUUCCCUGUCUCCUACAUCUGUAAACAUUGGCUUUUAUUGCAGAAUUAACAAAAUUUGCUUCCUGGAAAACAAAAAUAUUUCCUACCAAAUUAGAAACAUUUGAUGAAACACUCUUUCUCUGUUUGGCGACGCUGGUAAGACAAAUAACCAAUAUAAAAUACCGAAACAUUAGUAAGACAAAUACUGACAAAUAUCUUUGCGCAACAAUGUUUCCCAUUUUUUUUGGGGGGGGGGGCGCCGCCCCCCCUCCUUCUGACGCCUCUGUGUAUUAUCAGGCUAUGCAAGAUAUGUUUGGCGCUUCUUCCAUCCAUCGCUUAAGUAUAUUCUAUGGAUACCAAUCUUGGAUUUGGAUCAACAUUUCCAUUCGUUCCCACCAUCUUUUCCAACCAUCUGUUCCAACCGACGAAGCCGGACUGCACCAGUGAAGGACCUUUAACUGUGAAAGAAACAUGUCCCAAGCAUCAACUCGAAAUUCAUCAUAAAAAAAGACAAAUAGGGCGGAAAUAUAAAAUCCAUAAUUUCAUCAUAACUAUUUAUAAUUGAAAGACAUGUUUUUCAUCCUUGAGCCCAGAUUUUCAUCAGUGCAAUAAAAUCCCACUUACUGAAUUGUUGACUUUUUCUUAUAGAUUUGCUGCUGCGGCGCCAGGAUGCGUUUCAGCUCCUCCGCCAGGGUGCGUUUCAGCUUCUCAACCAUGAGCAAAUACUGAUCUGCUGCACUGCGCAGAUAAUACCUAAGUGCAUUAUCAUGCAACAUUGUUCUUCAAAUAUGCCAUCAAAUCCAGUGUCAUCGCCAUCAAGUUCGAAUAAUAGGCCAUCAUCAUCUGAGAAAUCGUUCUCGUCUGUAUUCUGGUCGGGAGAAUUUGUGCAAUCGCAACCGGAACAAAGACCAGUACACUUCUAUUCUCAGUUUUUUGACAGGCACAACGUCUUGGUGAAUAUCAAGACUUACAACAACAGUAACGUUUUCCAAAAUUCCAUCAGUAAUAGACCUUUCCCCUUAUAACCAAAAUUUUGAUCUAGGCAAGUCUAGACAAAUAUUUCAUCACAGCUUGAAAGAGCGUCACAAAAUUAGUAAUAUUCCAAAGUUUCGUUGCGAAAUGUUGUAACAUGAGGAAAAUAGAGCCUUGUGAAGUUUGCAAUUUUCAGUCAUUUUGCAUUACAAACGGGAAAUUGCAGCCCCAACACCCGAAUCGGAUGUCAAUUUCCCGUUUGUAAUACAAAAUGACUGAAAAACGGCAAACUUCGCAAGGCUGUAUUAUCCGCAUUUUACAAGAUUUUGCAACAAAACUUUGGAAUAUUACUAAUUUUGUGAUGCUCUUUCAAGCUGUGAUGAAAUUUUUGUCUAGAUCGAGAUUUUAGUUAUAAGGGGAAAGGUCCAUUGCCAGCAUCCAUUUGAUAUUGACUUGCCUUUCGUUUACUUCUAUCUCUAUCUAUCUAUCUGAUUGAACACCAUGCCAUGCACGAAUGACGUUCUUUUACUUACUACAACUCGUACAUCAUAUCAAUGCCGCAUAUGAAAAGGUGCACUCCAAACAGUUAUGUCACCCCCUUAAAUCAGCGAGUUUGGUUGGGAAGUAAACGAAGGACAAGUCAAUAUCAGAUAGAUGACCAUGCCAGCAGCUCCCUAAAGGCAAUUUUCCAUUGCGGUUGCUUAAUUUGCCCGCGCGGGCGGAGCGACCAAUUUUAAUCACAUGAAAAAUCAGUCGCGCGGGCACGUCAAGAAAGUUGAAUGUAGUUCAACUUCAAUGUAGUUUCAUGGCGUGUCCGCGAGCAUUCAAACGGACAAAAAGUGCACAGGAUAGACAACUACAUAGAAAGUUGAGUAAUCCGCCCGUGUGGGCAAAGCAAGUUCAAAGGAAAAUUGCCUUAAUGUACUUAGGUAUUAUCUGCGCAGUGCAGCAGAUCAGUAUUUGUUUACUUAUUCUCAUUCGGAUCCACAGUAUUUAUAUUAUAAACACGUAUAUCUCUCUCAUGGACAGGGUUAACAGUAUGGUCAUGGUUAAGAAGCUGAAACGCACCUUAGUGGAGGAGCUGCAUGAGGCGCCACAGCAGCAAAUUUAUAAGAACAAGUCAACUAGUGUGGGAACGAAAAACCAGGUUGAAUCGUUUCUCGUUAUUCUAGAUAGUGGCUAAAUACAAACCUAUGUCACAAUAUAAUAUAUGUAAUAGUUCAAAUACGAGAAGUAGAACUUUACCAGACAAAAGUCAGGACAGCUUAUUUCGGAAUACAUGCAAUCUCGUUUAGAGCGUAUAGGCCGGAAGGCCAUAGGCCAGGAUCCAAUAAGUGGGAUUUUAUUGCCGACUGAUGAAAAUAUAGGCUCAAGGAUGAAAACAUGUUUUUCAAUUAUAGAUAGUUAUGAUGAAAUUAUGGAAUUCAUAUUUCCUCCCAAUUUAUCUUUUUUUUUUAUGACGAAUUUCGAGUUGGUGCUUGGGACAUGAACAAACAGAACAAUGUUGUGCUGCACCCCUUGGACAAUGUUGUUAACAAUGUUUGACAGCAUUGAUGGGUCCAACAAUGCUGUUAAAUGUUGUUAAAUGCUGUUAACAGCAUUGUCCAAGGGGUGCAGCACAUAUAUUGGGAGGCUUUGAUGGUGGGAAAUUGGUUUGUAUCGGAGGUCGACUGUGAUGGUGUGUUGGGAGUGUGUUUUCUGUUACAAAUUGUAGUGUUUUGACAUUUGAAGUUUAAGGAAGCAAUCAACUAAAAGUGGAAACAUCAUUUAAGUGAUUGCAAAGCAUCACGGGAGUUGUGUUGCAUGGUGGAAUAGGUGGAAUAGCACGAGGUGGAAUAGUACAUUGGCGACGAGGAUGGCGAUUUUUUCUGUGUCGGUGAGGAGUUUCCUGUUAUUUUGUGUACGUUUGGUGUGAUUUUUUCGAAAGGAUAUGUCGGACAACGAAGCCGUCGAAGGGCCAGGAGCUAGUGCUAGUCAACAAAGUUCUAGCCAAGAAUCGGCUCAAUUUAAGGCAACUGAAAUUAAGGGUCUUCCUUGCUUUAACCCCAGGGAUGACCUGAAUACUCUGUCUAUUCGUUGGAAACGUUGGAAGCGAUCAUUUAACUUAUAUUUACGGGCACAGGGGAUCACAAUGGACUCGCAAAAGGUAGCACGCGUACUGCUGUUGCAUACUGGUGGCGCUGAUUUUCAAGAAUUUUAUUACACAUUGGUACCUGAGAAUGAGGAAAAGGGCUUGAAGGAAAGUUUUGAAGUGUUAGAUAAUUAUUUUGUGCCAAAAGUGAACGUUCCUUUCGAGAGACACUUGUUUAGGCAAAUGUGUCGAGUUGCAGGAGAGACGGUGGAUCAAUUUGUUUGUAGGUUGAGACAGAAAGCUCUCACAUGCGAGUUUGCAGAUGUUGACGAGACAAUAAGAGACCAGCUUAUUGAAAAAUGUAGAAAUGUUAAACUUCGUCGGAAGUUUUUGGAGAAAAUCAAUGCAAGUUUGAAAAAUUUGCAGGAUAUUGCAAGAGCACAUGAAGCGGUUGAAAUUCAGAUGAGAUCUUUGGAGCAGUCUGAUUCACAACAAUCAGAGGACGGUCAAUAAAUGCAGUCGGUCAGUUUGGCAAGAAAAACCAGAGAGGAAACAAAGAUGGUGUUCAUGGAAACAACACAAGUGGUCGAUAUGGUAGGGGAACAUUUGGUCAAAAAACUGGAACUGGUCAAAGGUGCUUCAACUGUAACCGUGUGGGUCAUUUUGCUCGGGAUACUAUCUGCCCAGCUAGAGAUCAGAGGUGCAAUGAAUGUGGAAUUCGUGGGCAUUUUUCUGCGUGUUACAAUAUAUAAUUUGAAGAAUAAUAAUAUUGAUUGCCAAUCAACAAAGUCUGAGAAGAAGCUGUUUGCCUAUCGCCAGAAAGAACCUAUUGAAGUUGCUGGGACAUUUGUGGCUGAAAUUGUAUGCAAGGCUAGUGGUGAGAAAUAAGAGUUCACAGUAAUAAAGGGCGCUCAAGUAAUAAAGGGCGCUCACAGUAAUAAUGGUGCUCAAGUUUGUUCAAUUGCAACGGAAGGAAGUGAUACGGAUAUUCGUAAGGAGUAUGCAGAUACAUUUGUUGGGUGGGAAAGCUGAAAAAUUAUCAAUUGAAACUGUAAUUAAAAAGGAUGUAAAACCAGUGGCACAAGGGGUUCGAAGGCUUCCAUUUGGUUUGCGAGGUAAAGUGAAUGAAAAAUUGGAUGACUUGCUGGCGAAAGAUAUCAUCGAGGAAGUACCGAACAGUCCAACAGAGUGGGUCUCACCUUUGGUGGUGGUGCCAAACCCGACGGUGAUGUGAGGGUAUGUAUCGAUAUGCGUAAGGCGAAUGAGGCGAUAGCGCGGGAAAGACACCCCAUUCCAACAAUUGAGGAAAUUUUGUAUGACCUCAAUGGUGCAACCAUUUUCAGCAAGUUUGAUUUGAAAUGGGGGUUUCACCAGAUUGAGCUAGAGGAACAAUCUCGUGAUAUUACGAUCUUUGUAACCCAUCGGGGGUUAUACAAGUACAAGAGGCUGAUGUUUGGCAUAACAUCUGCCCCCGAGAAGUACCAGAAGAUUAUAUCUGACGUCAUACAGGGUUGUAAUGGAGUAGCUAAUAUUGCUGAUGAUUUGAUUGUCUACGGAUGUGAUCUUCAGGAGCAUGAUAGGAAUUUGCAUGCGGUCCUCCAACGUUUAUUUUAAGAGAUAGCGGCAUGACCCUGAAUGAUGAUAAGUGCCAGUUCAGACUUCCUAAAUUGACUUUUUUCGGACACGAAUUAAGCAACCAGGGGGUAACACUAAGCGAGGAAAAGAUUGCAGAGGUUGUAAAUGCGAGAGCACCAAGGAACACUUCUGAAGUUCGGUCGUUUGUUCAGCUUGUACAAUAUUCAUCCAAGUUUAUACCUAAUUUUUUCCAAGAAGCCGAACCGUUACGCAAGAUGCUGCGAAAGGGACACUCUUUUGUUUGGGGAAUUGAACAACAGAAAGCAUUCGAGAAGCUUAAGCAGCUCAUGUCAACAAGUAAAGCCCUUGCUUAUUUUCGGAACGAGUGUAAAACCAGGAUUGUAGCUGAUGCAGGUCCAGAAGGUUUGGAAGCAGUAUUACUGCAGCUGCAAGGGAAGAGUGGAGAGCGGUUUCGUAUGCUUCAAGGAAUCUGACCGAAGUGGAGAGACGCUAUGCCCAGACUGAAAAAGAGGCAUUGGCUCUUGUCUGGGCAUGCGAAAGAUUCAACCUUUAUGUGUACGGUCGUGAAUUUGAAUUGGAAACAGACCAUAAACCGUUACAAUGCAUUUUUGGGAAGUCGUCGAAGCCAUCAGCAAGGAUUGAGCGUUGGGUCCUCCGUUUACAGUGCCAUCAUUAUAACGUUGUCUACCGCCCUGGUAACACGAAUAUCGCAGACGCGUUGUCGAGGCUGAAUCAACCAAAGCCUAAGGAUCUUAGUAGAGAAACGGAGGAGGUGAUACCGCUUGUGGUACAUGAAGUACACCGGUAGCCUUGACACCAAGAGAAAUCGAAAGAGAGUCGGAUAAAGAUCCGGAAUUGUCAAGUGUACGUCACUAUAUUCAAACGGGCGACUGGUCACAUUGUAAGAUGCCAAGUUAUCUUUGUGUAAAGAAUGAACUGUGUGUGAUUGGGAAGCUGGUGCUUCGCGGAGACAGAAUUGUAAUACCUCAAAGUCUACGAGAAAAAGUCCUAAAGUCCGCCCAUGAGGGGCACCAGGGCAUCGUAAAAACAAAAAGUCGUUUGAGAACAAAGGUAUGGUGGCCAAAAUUAGAUGCUGAUGCUGAGAAAAUGUGCAAAUCGUGUCGUGGAUGCCAAGUUGUGGGACAAUUCAGUGUUCCAGAACCUAUGAUGAGAACCGAACCACCUAUGGGGCCUUGGCAAGACAUUGCGAUAGACCUGAUGGGUCCGAUGCCCACAGGAGAAAGUUUGUUAGUAACGGUGGAUUACUAUAGUAGGUUCUAUGAAGUCGUUGUUAUGCGCUCAACAACAACUCAAAGGGUGAUUGCUGCCCAGUCUGAUACUGUAUCUUUGCGAGAUUUGGUUUUCCACAUUCUCUAAAGUCGGAUAAUGGUCCUCAAUUUGUGUCUGAAGAAUUUCGAAGAUACCUGCGGGAAAAUGGAAUAGAACAUAGAAAAUCCCCACCACUAUAUGGCCUCAGGCAAAUGGAGAAGUGGAGCGGCAAAAUCGAACACUUUUGAAAACCUUGAAAGUAGCAAAAGCAGAAGGAAAGAAGUGGCAAGAAGAAUUACCAAAAUUCCUCUUAGCAUAUCGCAGCACACCACAGGUUAACACUGGAGCUACACCAGCAUAUUUGAUGUUCGGGAGAGAAUUGAAGACGAAACUUCCUGAGUUAAGGCGCCAAGACAGCAUCCUAAAUCAAGCAAUAAAAGAGCAUGAUUGGCGCCAGAAACUGAACCAGAAAGCUUACGCUGAUUACAAGAACAAAGCCUCUACUAAUUCAGUAGCGCCUGGUGAUCAAGUUUUGUUAAAGAAUACUAAAACAACCGGAAAGUUGGCUCCUAAUUACGAGAACGAGCCAUAUACAGUGGUGACAAAGGAGGGACAUGAACUUAUGCUUCAAUCAAAGGAUGGAGAAGUAUACCGAAGGGACAGUUCAUUUGUGAAACCGUUUAAUUCACCAGAUGAAUUGGAUUUGACAAGUGCUAUUGAAGAAGUUAGUGUUGAUUUAAGUGAAAAACCUGACACUGUCACAGAAUAUGGCAGACCUAAACGUGUCAUUAGGCUACCCAAUAAACUGAAAGAAUAAACAAAAUAAACUCUGUACAGUCCAGUAGGUCGUGGAGACGAUUUUGGUAUUACAGUACAAUGAACAGGAAUAUCUGUUAUGGAUCUAACAUUGACAUUGUUUACUUUGAACUUUUAGAAUUUGAACAUUUAAUGAUUUAUAUUUAGCGUUAAUCUUUAAUUGAGAAAGAAAGGAAGGGAUGUAGUGUUUUGACAUUUGAAGUUUAAGGAAGCAAGCAACUAAAAGUGGAAACAUAAUUUAAGUGAUUGCAAAGCAUCACGGGAGUUGUGUUGCAUGUGGACUAUACAUAAUUGGGCUAUGUAGUUUUGUGUUUAAAAAGUAAAAAGAAAAGCAAUAAAAUAAGGCAAUCUAGCGGUAAACGAAGUGGAAUAGUACACAAAUGGUCAUUCUUCCAGAGCCAUCAACACAUACAACAUUCUGGUCAAAUUGGCGGACUUCAGUGACUCAUCCGGUUUUAUCCCAUUUGGUUGGGUGAGGGCCAAUCUGGUUUUGAAUUCUUACAUGGUCACCUACGGUGAGUGGAGGGCAUCUUUUGGUAUGUUCGGUUCAGCGGACCGCAUGUGUCUGUUGCGUAGUGCUUCUUCACAAGCAGCUAACGUGUCUUGACAGGUGCCGUGGGGUGGGGUUAGUAUCACCUGGGCAAUAUAUGGGAAUGAAAUCCUUCAUUGGUCUUCCAAAUAUACAUUGUGCAGGAGAGAGCUUUGUUUCAGGGUCAGGUGUAUUACUGUAUUGAAGUAUGGCACGUUGUAAACUGUCCAUGUCCAGGCUACCAUUGGGGCUUGUGUUGUUGGUAAUGAGCCGUUUUACAGUUUUUACGCCAACUUCUGCCCGGCAAUUUGAGUGAGGAUAAACGAUGGUGGAUGCCCCAAUUUUUUAGGGUUGGGUUAAUGCUGAGGUGAACUUGGGUCCGCCAAACUUGCUCCAUCAUGAGCUCCUUCUAUAAUCCAGUGGCGUAACUCCUAUGAGCUCUACCCGGUAAGAGCCGGGGGCACCCAAACCAUCGGGCUUCCAGGGGGGCACCCUGAACUGAGUUGUCCGAGAGCCUUGUUCAUCUAAUUUCCGUUUCCGUACAACUAUUUAGAACCUUGCAUAUUAAGAUUUUCUGUAUCAACUGCACUAUAGCACAGUUGGUAUAUAACGUGACUCCAGAAGUUGAAGCGGAAAAAGGCAAAGUACAUAUGUACUAUGGAAAUAAUAUCUUUGGACCCAAUGGCAGUGAAGAAGUACAAGACGGGUUCCGAAAAACAGAGCUGACAAACAACCGAUCUUGUCAGUACUAUACAGCUUUUUCAAUAGAAUCAUCAACCGAUCAGCUGAUCUCAAGAAGCUUGCCUAGCAGCUGGGCUGCAUAACAACUGCAGGAGAAGAUAGAAAAUUGACUCUGAAAAGACCUAUAACAACACGCUGGUCUUUGCAAAUUGAUACAAUCAGGGCAACUAAGAACACGUUGAGUGAUAUCAAUCAGCUGAUGAAAGGAUACAUCAAAGAUUCUAAAAAUAAAGAAAAGCAAGAGGCUCAAAUCUACUCAAACAUAUAAGCAUUAUGGAAUUUGUUAUUUUGCAGAACACUUGGGAAAGAAUCCUUUCUUUAAAAAUUUAGCAUCCAGAGAUUUUCAUGCAGAAGACAUGGAUCUAGGAAUUAACAGUGAAUUAGGGAGAGCGUUGAAUAAUGUUAGAGAAAUGAGAGGCGAAUGGAAUGAAAUUCUAAGAGAGUUUACAGUGUUUUCUCUUAAAGUUGGCAUUCUUGUAUCCUCUUUUAUUGAAAAUAAAAAUUCGUAUAUUUUUUGACGAGGAAGCAAGAGAUGAACCGUCGUACUACAAGAGAUGAACUGUCGAAGUAUUCUUUAAUUUAUUGACACGGCUACAUCGCAACUAGAAGAACGGUUCGAAGGUCAGGCCUUUGUUGCCAAGACAUUCAAUUGUUUGGCAACAAAGAGCAUAUUGAAGAUGACAGCUAGUGAUGGUUGUGCUGCCAAUGAUCUGAUUUCUACAUACAUGUUUGACUUGAGUUCCGAGUUUGAAAACUCAGAGGACUAUGCUAAUGAUUUGACACAAGACGUUUUGUCGUAUGCAUUCUGUUCCAUGGAAGAAUUGCUCGGGAUGACUUAUAAUAAUUUGAAAAAAUUAAAGAGUGGAAUCGACAUUUUCAAACACCUUCAAAUACUUCUAAGUUAGUAUCAGCUGUAACAGUUGCUACAGCAGAAUCGUUGAGUAAGUUGAAAAUAAUUAAGACUUAUCUUAGGCCACGUGUUGCACAAGACAGAUUAGAUGCGCUUUCCCUGAACUCAAUUGAGGCAUAGAGGAGGCAAGGAAGCUUUCCGUUGAUAAAAUGAUCGAUUGAAAUUUGAUGUACCUUCGUACACGUUUCAAUAUUUCCAAGCCCACGAUAAUACGUUCUAGUCACAAGAAGUGUGAAUGCAUGUAAACAAGUUUGGUCACUCUUACAAUAUAUUAUGAGCUUGAAAAUACUGAAACGUGCACGAAGGCACAUCAAAACAUUACAGUUGCGCCAGAAAUAACUGAAGGGCUUUCCACUGUGACACGUCAGAUGCACAUGAGCGGUGAAUACAUUUCCGUUUCAGACGGUAAACGCCUCGUUUCAAACGUAAAAAACGCGCGAAAAUGUUUGCGGUUUGUGCUCGAAUGCAAAUAGCUGUAAGUACAGUGGCACAUAUUUUACUGUUUAUGUCAAAGACUAUUUCUGCAUGGUGUUAUUUUAUAGUUACGUUUUAUGAAUUUUUCUAUAUAUUUAUAUUUCCAGUUUUAAGAAGCCCAUUAAAAUUGGCUUCUAUAGACGACUAGCAAAAUGUUCAUAUUGUCAGAUACUUCAAAAGGAUGUAGGAUGGCCUCACAUUGGGGGCACCCAAUCCCGGUAGGACCAGGGGCAGCCUGGUCCAAACUUACGCACCUGCUAUAAUCGGCCAGUUAGAGUAUCGGUCGACUAUAACGAGGUAACCGUUCAUGCCUUGGAGCUAGGUGGGGUGGUCGCUGAUGGUGGGGCACUGGACUGCGAUGGUGCCAUUCGUAUACAGUGGUUGCAUGAUUGAUCCCGUAACGCUCAGAUGACUGGGAUGAUGCCGGGCCAAAAGACUGUUGACUCAGCUCUGGAAAUCGUGGAUGUGACACCUUGUCGGUGAGCUGAGUGGAGUGUGGAUAAUACUGUACAUGAUGUCGAAGUGAGGGUGGUAUCACAAUGCGUUCUUUGUACAGGAUGUCACCAUCGACUGUGUGUAAGUGGUCACAGAAUUGGUGAUAUUCUUGUAGAUCACCGGGGAGUUGGUAACGGAAUGCAGGGAAGCCUGUUUCAAUGAUGGAAAGGAGUUUCUCCAUGUUGUUGUUGCUGGCUGUGACUUCUUUCACGUGAUCCCAGGUUAUUGGGAGGGGAGAGUUUCUUUUUCAAGGUCUGGGGUGAUAAUAUAGAGUGGGGUGCAUUAGAACGUAUGCUAGCAAGGAAAGGGUGUCCAAAGGGAGGGAGUAUUGUGUUGCAUGAUUCGUUCAUGGCGGCAACAUCAUCUGGCAUGGGAAGGGCUUCGGGGUUAUGGGGUCCGGUUGUGUGGCGUGACAUUGCGUCUGCAGCCUUAUGCUUGUUACCGGGGAUAUGGACCAUUUGAAAGCAGUAGCGAAGGGUUUUCUCUUUCAGGUUGCAUAACCGUACAGUACGUUAGAGAUGUCUUCCAGGUACCGGUCACCAUGGACUUUCAGCAAUGGUUUAUGAUCAACAGCGACAAUUAAUUUCUCACAGCCCAAGACGAAUAAACGAGCUUUGUCUAGUGUGUUGGCAGCAGCUAGGGCCUCUCCUUCUAUAGGGGCACAUCUGGACUCUGCAGCGUGUGUGAAGCGGCUGCCUACGAGGGAUAUUUUCCAGCCAGUGCGGCAACAGAACAGUUUGGUGGAGGCACAAUUGCAAUGUUUUUGAAAUAACCAGAAGCCGAUGCCGGUCUUUGACCAGUCAGUGGCCAAGCAAGUAGGUUUGGAUUUGUCAUAUAUGCGUACACCAUUCUCGAUUUCACUGAUGAUAACAGCUUUGGAUUCCUCAAAAAGGUCAUUCAGUUCUGAAGAAUCCAUGUGUUCACAUCGUUCGAUGACCCAGGUUUAAGGGCUUCUCUGAAGGGGAGCAUGUGUUCUGCUGAGGCAAAUGCGUAAGAAACUUGGUUAAUAAGCCCAAACCAGGAGCGCAUGUCCGUGAUGUUGUUUGCCUUGGGGAAAUUGCGAAUGGCAUAUAUAUACUGUUAGCAGGGUCGUACAUUAUCUGGUGUGAUCUCAAAACCAGCAAAUGAAACAGUGUCCUGACAGAAGACAAACUUCUCGGGAUUUAAAAUGAUGCCGUUCUUGUCGUAGAUGUCGAACCAAUUCACUGCCUGGAAGAAGCUGCUUGUAAUAUCAUCACUCCAGAGUAAUGCGUCAUCGGUGCACUUGGUUUUGUUGGGUACAUUCGCAAAUGACGAUGCAACGUAUCCUUGACGUGCAGUUUUAUAGCGGUAUCUACCCCAAGGUGUGAUGAAUGUUGUGAGGUGGCGAUCGUCUUGGUGGAGGGGAACGCUGUGGUAUCCGUUCCAGCAGUCAAACACAGUUUUCUUUUUAUCGCUGGGUACAGAUCUCACCUGCUGGAAGGGAUUUUGUGUGUGAUGUGUUUCCCGUGUGGCGUGGAGGUUUAGUGCUUGGAAAUCGACUGUUCUAGUGGUUUCCAUUUCUUCUUGGCACAAACAUGCGAUGGUACCAUGUAACUGAUUUACCAACAGGAACAGGUUCAAGGACGCCCAAUUCAACAUUACCAAUGCCAGUGGAGGGGGACUGGGAUAGGGUUGUGAUGUGCCACCGGAACAGCGUCAGGGUUCACCAUGAGUCGCAUUGGUGGGCUCUGCAUGAAUGGUAACGGCUGGUGUUCGUAGGUAUUGAAUGUACUUGAGGCAUAUAUCGACGGAUUUACAGCGGGUGGUUGGAGUGCAAGUCCGAAGGUUUUGUAAUGUUCGGGGCAUAAUGCAGCUGUAAGUGAGACAAAAGGUUGUGGUUUGGAAGCUUGACGAACCCAGUAAUCGUUAAGGUGGUUGUAAAGCUGGUGGUCCAACGCGAUGAGUGUUUUGUCUGUAGCAGCAGUGAUGUUGUUGGAUGUUGUGCACAGCGAGUCGAAUAUCGCGCCUUCUGCAUCAGUGGCGGGGUUGGAUGGUGUUACUUUGGGGGACGCUUUGUGUUUUAUUUUUGUUGGCAUACCGCAGCAAGAUGAUUUGGGCGACCAAAAUGUCCGCAGGUUUUCCCAAAUGCGGGGCGUGUAGUUUUACGAAUUGUUGGUGGUGCACGUUUUCCAUGGCCGCAGUAAUGGCAUUUGUCACCUUUGUCUGGUUGGGGAUUUUUCAGUUCUUCUUGUUUGGUCUGACAGUAUUGGCUACGAGCUGCAUUUGCUGUCUGGGUUUUUAGGAGUCGUCCAGCAGAGCGUUUGCCAGCUUCUUUGUCAUGUUCUGGUUCUUGUCUCCGCGAAAUUCUCAUUGGUCAGAUGCUAUAAUUUAUAUGUUUCCGCUGAGCUCUAUGUAUGUCAACUGCUGAAGCACUAUGCAUAAAAAACACAUUAACUGAUCAAAUUGGUCUUGGCCGUCUUAUAUCAAAGCACGAAAUGUUCUGUUUUGAGAAAACAGUAUUUAAAACAUUUGAACUUUCGCUUGAAUAUCUUAUAUUUCGAAAAACAGUAUAAACUGUACGGUCUAAAUUUAGUUUGCACGGUCUAAAUUUAGUUUGCACGAAAGUUGUAAACAACACCAUAUAAGGAUAGACAUUCCAUAUUUGGAAAAACGAACGUUACGGGGCAGAUAUUCAAAUUCAUUAGUUAUCGAUGCAGGCUCUCAAUUUAGGUUGAGAGCCUGUUCGCAGGCUAACAUCUUCAUUGCAUUGUUAGCAUUUAAUUAGCAUUUCAUUGCAUUGUUAGCAUUUAAUUAAUAGCCAUUCAAUGGUUCGAAAGCUAUCUGUCGGGCAGAUCACAAUACGUACGAAUAGGAUCAACUGUUUCCUCAACUAGCGCACUAACCCAUGGAGUGCCCCAGGGCUCUAUUCUUUCGCCAUUUUUGUUUGGAAUUUACGUUAAUGAUCUACCAGCUGUAACGGUUUCAAUCGAUCUCGACUCCUACGUUGACGAUUCAAAACUCCAUCUUGCAUUUCUUGUCGAAGACGUACAACAGACAAUAGCUAAACUAGAAAACGAUCUGUAUAAAACCGCUAAAUGGUGCUUGGAACAUCAAUUAUUAAUCAAUCCUGACAAGACCAAUUUCCUCUUAGUAGACACAAGAUCAAUGCUACAGAAUUUACCAACACAAAUCAAUCUGAACUUUCUCUGAAAAACUCUUAAACCAGUUUCAGUUGCCAAAGACUUGGGGAUGCACCUCGACGUACAUCUCUCCUAUGAUGACCAUAUUUCUAAACUGUCGUCAACGUGCAUAAACAAAUUAUGUCAAAUUAGUCUAGUAAAGGAGAGCUUUGAUAAAAAAAACUUUAAUAUUACUUAUUGAAGCUUUGGUGAUUAACAAGUUGUUAUACAGUUCUUCGGUGUGGGCUAAUACCUCAUCGAAAAAUCUAAAGAAAUUGCAAACAGUCCAGAACUUCGCAUGUUCACACUUGUCAACAAUAUUGAACAAUGCUGUUGAGCCUGAAUCGGGUGUAACAAUAUUGUUCAAUAUUGUUGACAGCUAUGAACAAUGUGGGCAGCAAAACAUUGUUCAAUCCUGUUUUCAUCAGUAUUGCAUCAACCUGAGCGUUUGUACGCGUGUACAGGAAUGAAGUGGACGAAUACACUUCAUGUAACACAGUACAUAACGGACCGUCUCCAGUUUACUAUAUAUAAUUAUCUAGAAAGCAUCAAAAUUGCGCCAGAUAUCUUGGUUGCGCAAUGCAAACUUUGCACACUGGGCUGAAGGCUUCGGCCCUUCAAGACGCGAGAGUUCCUCGUGGGUAUUUGUUAUGGGUGAUGUCAAUAUACUUGGCAUCUGAUGUCGUAAUCUCUUAACAACACCCUAAAAUUCAUCCCAACGCUAAGCCCUGUAACGAACAGGUUGUGAGUUAGUCAAACUGUCAGGAUCGUCUAUUAAAAACAUGAUUGGCGGAUUGGAUCAAAACCUGUCAAAUGCUUUUGACAAGCAUUCGUAAUAGUUGAGCAUAGAGUUUUAGAAAAUGUUUUUAACUGUAACUAUGCAUUCUUAGAUGUGAUUGAGUGUGUGAUUUUCUUCAUAAUUUCUUAUUCCUGUAGUAAUGAGGCUAACAAAACCUUCACUGUACAUGUCAAUACCUGUAGCAACGGAGAAACACAAUUUACCAGGUAAACACAAAAAGUAUUAAGUUUACUUUCAAAACGUCGUCAUGUCAAGACUCAUAAUUAUACUAGUACAGCUGUAUGGGUUUGCAAAGUAUCCUAUGAUAAGUAAGAUAUUGAAGGACAAAAACGUUUGGGAUCAUGGUGAGAUCUUAUAGGAUAACGAAAAGAUACCUGAUCAUGACAAAAUCUUGUGGUAUCAUGGCAAGACCUUGUAGGAUCAUGACAAGAUCUUGAAGGAUCAUGACAAAAUCUUGUAAGAUUAUGGUAAGAUCUUGUAAGAUAAUGACAAGAUCUUGUAAUUAGAUCAUGACAACAUCUUGUAAUUAGAUCAUGACAAGAUCUUGAAGGACAAUGCCAAGAUCUUAAAGGAUCACGACAAGAUCUUGAUGGAUCAUGACAUAAUCCUGUAAAAUCAUGAAACGAUCAUGAAGGACAGUGGCGAGAUCUUGAAGGAUCAUGACAAGAUCUUGUAAAAUCAUGGCAAGAUCUUGUAGGAUAAUUGCAGAAUCUCGUAGCAUAUUGACAAAAUCUUGUAGAAUCAUGACAAGAUCUUCUACGAUCGUGAUAUGAUCUUGUGGAAUAAUGGUACGUUCUUGUAAAAACACAACAAGAUGUUGUAGGAUCAUGGUAAGAUCUUGUAGGAUCAAGACAAGAUCUUGUAGGAUCAUGAUAAAAUUGUUUCGAUUGUGGUAAGAUCUUUUGGAUCAUGAUAUGAUCUUGUAGAGUCAUGAUAAGAUCUGGUAGGAUCAUGAUAAGAUCUUGUAGGAUCAUGAUAAGAUUUUAUAGGGUCAUGAUAAGAUCUUGUAGGGUCAUGAUAAGAUCUUGUAGGAUCAUGAUAAGAUUUUGUAGGUCAUGAUAAGAUCUUGUAGGAUCGUUAUAAGAUUUUGUAGGGUCAUGAUAAGAUCUUGUAGGAUCAUGAUAAGAUCUUGUAGGAUCAUGCUAAGAUUUUGUACGGUUCUGGUAAGAUCUUGUAUGAUCAUGAUACAGUGUAUGAUCAUGUAAGAUCAUGAUAAGAAAUUGUAGGGUCAUGAUAAGAUCUUGUAGGAUCAUGAUAAGAUCUUGUAGGAUCAUGCUAAGAUUUUGUACGGUUCUGGUAAGAUCUUGUAUGAUCAUGAUACAGUGUAUGAUCAUGUAAGAUCAUGAUAAGAAAUUGUAGGGUCAUGAUAAGAUCUUGUAGGAUCAUGAUAAGAUCUUGUAGGAUCAUGCUAAGAUUUUGUACGGUUCUGGUAAGAUCUUGUAUGAUCAUGAUACAGUGUAUGAUCAUGUAAGAUCAUGAUAAGAAAUUGUAGGAUCAUGAUAAGAUCUUGUAGGGUCAUGGUCAGUUGUGCAAUCAUGACAAAAUUUUGUAGGAUUAUGAAAAUAUUUUGCAGGAUGAUGAUAAGAUCUUCUAAGAUCAUUUUGGUCUGUAUGAAAAAAACCACUGUAUCAUUUUUUUGUGCUAUAUUUUAGGAACAACUUUUUCAGAUGCGUUUAAGAAAGACAUUGGAACUGCUAAGGGACUCGAAAAUUUCGCCUUGGGCGAAAUGCUUGUCUUACCACAAACAUUUGGGUUAGUUUUGCUAUGUAUACUGUAUAUGCAAUGCAAGAGGUGAUGGAGGACCUGUGUAAAAUAAAUAAAAAAACAUUUUAGUGAAAAACAGCUAUACUAAAAUUAGGGUUAAACAUUCGUUGUAUUUUUUUGUCUAAAAGUCACAGUAGAUGUUUCUCCUUUAUUAUCAUUGGGUAAAGUGUUCAAAAGUCUUCCUCCUUGAAUUAUGAACGAUAUUCGUCCAUACUCCCGUUUGACCUUUGGUAAAACAAUCUUUUUCCCGUUGCAACAAGUUUUGAUCUUAUGAUCAUUUAUUUUGAAGUAAUUGUUGUACAAGACCAUGAAAGCACUCUCAAACGUCAAUAGCUACUAAUCGAUAAUAUGCCGAUUGUAUCUCUAUCUCCAAAAACGACCUUAUAUGCACAAUCCUGGACUUUUUGAUACCUAUUAACAAAUGUCUCUAAGCCAAGAAGUAGAGGGCCCUGUAAAGAAACAUCAUUUUGUAAAUUGGUUCUGCAACAUAGGUUGUGAUGGUAGGUCAAUAUAUAUCAGAAGUUUAAUUCUAGAUGCUUUAGUGACAAAGAAUUAUUCAGUAGUACCCCUAGGUAUUCAUAGACGGUAUGAUUUUGCAGUGGAGUUGACCCAGCUAUAAUAUUUGUCUUGGGUUCCUUAGAUAAUUUCUUGUGGUACAAGACAAACUUUGGAAUUCCACAUGUCACUGGGUGUAUAUCAGACAGUUCCAUUGUAUUCAUAUACUGAUUAAUCUAUUCCUGCUUAUUAAGCAAAAAGGUUUUCUGAAUAGAUUGAGACGUACCGGUUAUGAUUUAAAAACACACUCAGGGUACCAAUUCCCACAACAGGAAGCAGAAUAUUUUGAACGAAAAUUUGCCAAACUUUAAUAAUAUUUAUAAUAAUUAUAUUUAUCCAGGAUACCCACAUCACAUACGUGUUUUUAACUGUUUUACAGUGGGGUCCUGCAUCAAAAAUACAAUCGUUUACAAUUAACAAAUAUAAAACAUUUUCCGUGUUGAUAUACAGUUAUAUCAACACGAGUGGAAUUGGGAAAACGAGAAAUUGUAUGGAAACACGACGCCCGAAGGGCGGAGUGUUUUCAUACAAUUUCGAGUUUUCCCAACUUCCACGAGUGUUGAUAUAACUAUAUAUCAAUACGGAAAAAAUGUUUUAUAUUUUUUUUAUAAUAUAGCAAUGUCAAAAGCCCGAAGGAUAAGAAAAAUUUCCGUGUUUACAAGCGGCGGAAAAUUUCCCGUGUUGACAUUGAGUUAUAUCAACACGGCUCUUAGCCAAUCAGCGUUCAGAAUUUACAAAUGCUAUAUUAUAAUAUUUAUUAUUAGCAUGACAAAAUUACUGGAUGCUGAUUGGUUGAGAGGAGUACAAUUAUUUCAUUAAUUGUACUGCAGUACAAUUAAUGAUUUUUCCAAAACAAACAAAAUGGCGGAAAGGUAUUUUAAACACAAGCGUGAAAUGAAAUUGCCCCAGAGGAACUAGAUGAAAAUACGAACAAAAGCACCAAAUUUUGGUUGAAAGACUGGCAGGACUGGCCUUUGGCGAGAGAAUAUAUGAUGUUGAGAUCGAGAAGUAUCCAAUUUUGUCAUGCUAAUAAUAAACAAGUAAAGGCGGCUCGUCCAAUUUUGGCAAAAUUUCCAAACAUCACGAGUCCUAUUAAUCCCUAAUUGUACGAGCAACAUCGCAUGAUUACCUAUACUUAAACAGUAUAAAAAUAGUCAAAUAUACCACAUACAUGCACUGUACAACAAUAAUGAUAAAAACGAACAAUUAAUUGAUAAAUCAUCAAAGUACAAAUUUGGUCAGUAAGUGUAAAACAUGCCUCGAACAUUACGAAUUUGGUCGUUCACUAGGCUGAUAAUAUAGUUAUCCUGCAUGAGAUUCAUAUCUGGUGUAGUACGAAUGCGUAUCUGUGGUGGAUAUAAAAAAUUCUGAAAAUCAACCAACCAAACUGUAACAAUAAUAAUUAUAAAUAUUAUUCACGCAUAUUACGCGUGACAUUCGUGGAAGAAUACAUGAUUAAUUCAAAUACCGUGCAACUAUUAAAAUCUAAAUAUCAGUUAUUGUUUUUCAGAAAUAUUUUCCUUGGUGAAACAUUCUCAAGCUAUAUUUGUGUUCAUAACGACAGUAAUCAAGUGGCCAAAGACAUUGUAAUAAAGGUCAGUACAAAUGUUGGCCUUCAUAUACAUUGUAUUUGAAGCUUGACGAAGUUUAGCGAUUUCCUUAACAUUCUUUCAGUUAUUAAAUUUUGCCAAAAUUAAAACGCGCCUUUUUAAUUCGAAAUGAAUGUUAAGUCAUAUCAUGAGGGCUAUAAGUAUAUAAUGUUUAGAAUGAUUAUGGGAUGUUUUCAUAUAUAAUUGAGCAGUAAAAUUUAUUUGAACUGAAAUCAAAGCUAUGACGGGGUGGAUUCACGUAUAGGAUACACUAGCGUCCCAUGUAGAAUUCGUUUUGAAUUAUACUGUACAAAAACCCAAUCUAUUAUUAUAUAGUGGAGUGCUUUGUCCGGGUCCAGCUUCUUCAAUUAACUCUUUCCACACUACUUUUCUGGCUCUUCCUGCAAGCAGUGAGACGCCUACAACCGCAUACACUGCAAAAAAACGCCGAGCCCGCUGCUCAACAGGACUGAACAAUGUUUUGCUGCCCACGUUGUUCAAACUUGUCAACAAUAUUGAACAAUAUUGUUGAGCCUGAAUCGGGUGUAACAAUAUUGUUCAAUAUUGUUGACAGCUAUGAACAAUGUGGGCAGCAAAACAUUGUCCAAUCCUGUUUUCAUCAGUAUUGCAUCAACCUGUAGGGAAGAAAUUUGGUCAGAGAAACUUUCGAUAUGACAUGUAAAACAGCAUGUAGCAGUAGAACUGUGAUACAGUGGUUCAUUUUCUCAUUUAGACUGACCUGCAGACCUCAUCCCAAAGACUAACAUUGUUAAGCUUAACAAGCAAUGAACCUGUGGUUAAGUUAGAUCCCUCGGAAAGUAUUGAUCAAGUCAUUCAACAUGAAGUCAAAGAACUGGGAACACAUAUGUAAGUUGCCACUUAAUUUUAGUGCCUAAUUAUAUAAAACCACUCUGGUGAGGUCAUGACUGAUUAUUAAUAAUAAUAAUAAAUAAAUAAAUAAAUAAAAUAAUUAUAAUUUAUAACUUUUAACUGCCAUGUAAUAGAUGAAAUUAUUCAAUUAAGUGCCAAGGUUUGUUGCAACCUUACUGAGGGUACUUUGUGUAAUAUCUGUAACAUAGCAUUUUUGAAAUUGCACAAGCGAAAUACAUUGCAAUAUAUUGUAUCACAGGUACAGGGUGUUAGCCAGAAGUAAAAAAAAUAUCCGCGUUUACCUGAAAUUGGGAAAUUUCUUUUAGCCUGAAGCCGGGCAUUUCUUUGUGGGCGGGGGGAUGCGGUUGCCCCUCUCGAUUUUUAAAAUUUUUGUAUCUUUGAAAUGGCAUUUCCCGCAUUUUGGGAGUAAUUUUGAGCAAAUGUAGUUAUAAACAUGUUUUUAAUGGUGUAUUAACAACAAUGAAUUUCUAUAACUAUUUUUUGGCUGACCCAAAUUGGGAAAUUGCGACCUCAAGGUAAUUGGGAAAACCGCGUUUAACGCGGAAUUUUUUACUGUAGCUAACACCCUGAGGUAGUACAAUAUAUAAAAGACACAUCACUGCAAGAAACAUUCUUUUCCGCACGAUGAAACAGACUGAAUCUUUAGGCUGCACCUACAGUAUGAAUAUUUUCUCACACCCUAAAUUCGCAUGGCAGGAGAUAUCUUCAUAUAAUGGCAGUGCAUAUUAACAUUUAACACUAACUAUACUGUAGCUUGUGUUUCGUUGUUUGGUUAUAAACUGUAUUUCACCUAGCACGUUUCUAAUUUUGUAGACUGGUAUGCGCUGUUAGCUACACAGCUCCCAACGGAGAGAAGAUGUAUUUCAGAAAGUUUUUUAAAUUUCAAGUGAGGAUCAACAAUGUUAAACUUGUCCAAAAAUAUAUUAAUGUUCUACCUUUUAAUGUAUAUGCCAUUGAAUGGAGAUUGGAUCCAGUUUUAUUUGGUUAUAGGUUCUUAAACCACUUGAUGUAAAAACAAAAUUCUACCCUGAGGUUUGUCAAUCUAUUAUUUUUUAUAUAUUUUUUGUAGUUCGAAACUGAACCCCAUCUGCUCGUUCACUUAACCCAGUAGAAUAAUUGUAUCCAAAUAUCCAAUAACUUAUUUGGAUUGUACACAAGGGCGGCGCUGAAGGAGGGUGGUUUAGAGCCAUUUAUCUUGUUAUAAUAAUGAUAAUAAUAAUAUAAUAAUAAUAAUAUCUGUUUAUUAAUCAAUUGUUUUGCAGUAAAAACUGACUUACACAAUUGUUCCUAUCUUAUCAACUAAUUUAUACAUAUUGUUGGCUUUAGAGCUAUUGAUCUUGUUACUUGUAACCAAGGGUGGGUAGUAGCGAAGUAGUUGUAGUUCGCUACUGUAGCGAACUACAAUUUUCAAGUAGCCAGUAGUUUUUGACUACUUUUUUAAAUCAGUAGCUGUAGUUACAGCGAACUACAUUUUGCCUAAAAGUAGCCAAGUAGUUGAUUACUUUUCAAACAGCGAAUCGCUAUUCGCUACUUUUUAAAAUUGUUAGCAACUUGAUAGAAUAGCAUGAUAUUGAGGUAAAAUCAAUACUCAAUAGUCAAUUUGCACUCCUGAACACUGUAGACGUAGUGCUUACAAAAAUGUUGCUUUGUGCUUACUGUUGCUACUCGUAAGUCGAUUUGCUAUAGGUUACAUUACAGCCUGAGUUAGUAGAUGCUCCAAAUACAGUACAACUAAAAAAUAUAGCGUAGCGAAAUAGCGAAAUAGUUGGCUACAUUUUUUAAGCAGUAGCUGUAGUCAGUAGCGAACUACCUUUGUUCAAAAGUAGCAGUAGUUGUAGCUGACUACAUAUUUUUGAAGUAGCUGUAGUUAUAGCGAACUACAAAAAUUUUGUAGUCAACCCACCCUUGCUUGUAACACAUUUACGAUAUCAUUUAACAAUUAUUCGCCGAAGGCGAGGUGAUUAUCGGGUUUUUCUGGUCUGAAUUCAUUUUAAUUUCGCUUAUUUCUUUAUCACUAACUUCAACAAAACGGCUAGCCGUCAUUUUGAAAGUUUCGAUUUGGUUAUAUUCACCUGUAGGUGAAUAUAACAGAUUAAUACGUCAAAUUUGACCAAUCACCUUGUAGGAUUUGUUAUGUUCACUUGUGCAAAAAUACUAAACUGUUAUAUUUAUUUAGCGAGUAUAAAAACCUUUUUUAUAGUCAAGUCAUCGGUAACAAGAUAAAAGACUCUAAAGCCGAUAUCUCAACCCUGAAAACGGGGCUCUAUAACCAAGGCUAAUUACUUUAUGGAAGGGUGUAUUGUUAAACGUAACCUAUAGUCUUAUUGGCUUACAACGUGCGGAUCGACUGGAAACUGAUAUCAUUAAAACUAAAUGAUAUAUUAUUUUUCUUCAAUUUGAUAUAUCUUCAAUUUAGAUAAUAAUAUAUGUAUAUUACAUGUUAGCCAAAGCAUAGACAAUGUAGCAAAGGAAAGGAAUGUCAUUAUUUGUUUCCUUUGAACGUCUAUGGCCAAAGUCAGAAGCUUAUGUGACUUCAGAUUGGCAACAAAUUUCCUAAUUAUAUUUCCUAAUAUCAUGCACAACCAUAUCUUUUACUUUAUGUAAGAUAUAACAAUGUCAUAUAGGAAGAUGAGAUGUACCUGGAGGCUCAAGUGCAAAACAUCACCACGACCCCCUUGACGAUGGAAUCAGUAAAAUUUGAACCUUCCUUACAUUAUACUGCGGAAGAUCUGAAUGACACAUCAAGGUUUGUACUUAGAAGCUAAACCAAGUUAAACAUAAUUGAAUUCAAAACGUGUAUCAGUUCUAAUAAACUGUUCUUUCUAGAGGUACAACAAGGGCUUUCCUUUAUUGGCCCAGUAUCACCACAUGCAGGAGGAAACCGCAAACUGGAAUUUCUCCUCUCACAUGAUACCGAAGCGAAAUUUUGAUACACUUACUUUUUGCCCUAAACGUGUUAUAUUUGUUUGGAUUUUUACCUGUUGGUUUUCUAUAUUCAUUGAUAAGUUUAUAUUUAUCACUUUUCAGUAAUUUUCAUCUUGGGAAAAGUUUCUGUCUUAACCCCAAUGACACUCAUCAAUAUUUGUACAGAAUAAAGACGAAAUUUUCACCGACAAUGCAGGAUAGAGUUAAAGUAAGUUUUAUUUGGUUUUACUGUAUGUUCCCAGUAACUACCUAUCUAUAGUAUGAGCACGUUUUGUGAUUAUCUUUCUGAAGCAAAAGUGAUCAGUCAUGUUUAUGACUCGUUCUUUAGAAAAAUAAUUUCUAUAUUUUAUCGUAUCUUAUUGCUAUAAUCAACCAAUCGCAAAGCCUGUUCAUGUAUAUAAGUACUGCGUGACCCUGUGUUUGUCCAGGAGCCCCCACUCUUAACAAUUUUAAUUCUACGUUUGUAUGCAGUCUAAUAACUAAACUUAUUUUUUAUUUGUGCAUGCCUAUAGUGAUAUUUUUAUAUCCUGCAAUCUGAUUGGCUGCAGGAGCGGGCAGCUUUUUACGAUAUCUUGACCGUGGUCCAAAAGAGUUAUUUUUUUAGCGACAAACCGAGGAGUGAAAACAAUUUUCAAACUCAAAACACUACCCAAAAAGUUGACUAAAAUCCACCAUGAAUAUCGAUACUAAAUAUAGUGAAAUACAGUGAAUUGACUUCAAGAGACUUAGUGCCAAGCCUGAAAUGUACUUUUCUCCGAACAAAAUGCUUAAAAAACAAAUAUAAACAAUGAAAAACACUGGCCAGUGCUACAUGUAUUCAGCUAUUCUUCGAAAAAUAUACGUAUAAAUAUAAAUACUACAAUAUAUUUUUUAAAAUAGGUUUUGUGUUCAUAUUGGUUCUUUUUAGCGCACCUUGUACCCCACCUCGGGACGAAAUUAUUAUUAUCUAAUAGGAAUUACAAGCAUAGUGGCACAUGAAUAUUCGUUGUUGUGGACAAGAAUAGGCACUUAUCCUGGAGCGAGACCUUGGACUGGCUCAUCUCACAAUUAUUACCUCCGCCAGGAGGUUAUGUUUUUAUGUGUGUGUGUUUGUCUGUUAGCACGAUUACUUAAGAAUAUCAAACGUAGACAAAAGUUUGUCUUGGUUAGCCCGGCAGAGUACAGUAUAAACAGUGCUUUUUAGUUUUUGUGUGGAUUAGCAAAAUUGGAAGAGAGUUGUCCCAUUAGCCUGGCUCAUGUGAACAGACAUUUCGCCACCUCAUAUUUAGGUUUGAUUUAUUUCACAGGCACCUUCGUCGGCUGUUGGUAAACUGGAUAUAGUUUGGAGAUCAGCAAUGGGGGAAAAAGGAAGAUUACAAACCAGCCAGUUGCAGAAAGUGGUAGGUUUUACAGAACCGGUUAGUAGAACUUGUUAUCAGAGUAAGCAACACUGUGUGCAAGCAAGUGGAAAAUACAGAAUGUCAACAAGCUAGUAAUAAAAAUUUGCAGUGUUCUUUGUUAGUGAUAUAUAUAGUUUAGUGAUGUGGGAGCUUUGCAGUUUCAGAGACAUAUAAAAGUCUUACAAAGAGAUAUGAAAUGCCAGCAGAAAUUGUUGAGUUAUACUGUAGUCAAACGUUUCGCUACUCUGGUUUAAGUUAACGAGUGCAUGCAGACGUUUACGACCAAACGUUUCGACACCCAGUCUAGAUCUAUAGUGUUUUCACCAGGGGUGAUCUAAGUAGCAAUGAGGCUUGAUACUUGAGGUAUGACGUCAUCAGCCAACAAGGAUGACAUGCUGUAGCUACCGUCGUCAUUCAAACCACAACCAUGCUUCAUACUUAUGUGCCACGCUUCCAAGUCUUUGACCUUUAAUAUUGUUGGUGGUAAUGACGUCAGUUGUGAGUUGUAACACCCAAUCACAUGGGAUAAUAACUUUUAGUAUGUAGUAAUAUAACAAAUCCUAGAAGUUGAUUGGUCAAAUUUGACGUAUUAAGAUGUUAUAUUCACCUACAGGUGAAUAUAACAAAACCGAAAUUUGCAAAAUGGCGGCUAGCCGUUUUGUGGAAGUUUAUACUGAUAAACAAAUAAGCGAAAUUAAAAUAAAUUCAGUCCCAAAAAAAACACAAAAGACUUGUGUAAAAAUACUAAAACAAUUACUCGCCUCAGGCUCGGUGAUUAUCGGGGAAUAUUCACCUCGGCUUCGUCUCGGUGAAUAUUCCCCGAUAAUCACCUCGCAUUCGGCGAAUAAUUGUUAAAUAUAUAUCUAAUGAAGUUAUAUAUACCUGGGGCCGGUUGUAUAAAACUCUUAAUCACUUUUUUAAUCACUAUUUUGUAGUUAAAUAGUGAUUAACUCUCAAAUACGUACGCGCUUCUUAUUGGAUGACAUUUCCACUAACUAUAGUUAACUUUAAUCACUUUUUUAUACAACCGGCCCCUGCAUCCACAGUAAUUUUAAUUUACCUCUGCCUGGAACAUAUUCUAAAUUUUAAAACUGUCAAUUUAGCCAUCCACUGCACCAGAUUUAAAACUCCAGAUCACGAAACUACCGGACACCGUUGCUGUGGAAACGAGAUUUGAACUAACUUGUAAUUUACAGAACAUGAGGUAAGGCAGAGUCAGAGCUUUAUUGAGUUGAAAAUUUGUUUACCUGCAUGUUCUGCUUAAUAUUGUUUAGAUAGAAAAUCGGUUUGAUUUUAGAUCCAGCUUAAUGGUAAUUGACAAAUACGAGGCAAACCUCAUCUAGCAGCAUCACAUACUGUAUUGAAAAUAUUCCUCAUUGACCAUUUAGCAGCAGUGGUGCCUAAAUUAGUUUGAAUUUGUACUCGAGUAAAAGUAGACUGAAGUAAUUAACAAUAAAACGAGUAAAAAGUACUGAAGGCAAAACGUACUUAAGUAAAAAGUACAAAGUAUCCUUAAAAAUACUUGAAGUACAAAGUAAAAGUACUAUUGUCUAUAGCGUGUAGGGGGAGGGGGGGGGGGGACUUCUCCAAUGGAUUGACAUACAAAAUUAUUAAAAGACACAAAACAGCACACGCAUUAUAUACGUGUACCAUAGUAUACAAUAUUUCACGGCAUGGUGUACUUUUCAGACCCCGUUGAAGUUAAGUAAGGCACAAACGAGAGAUCCCAGACGCAUGUAGAGGUCCCAUUACCUAUCCAAAAAUUAAAAUAAAUCAGGAAUAAAUCACGUAAAAUUAAACAAAUGUGAGAAAGUAACGAAAUACUUCGCUACAGAAUGAAAAUAACCGGAAGUAAAACGUUACUUCUUAAAACAACUUCGUUCCAAGUAAAAGUACUCCAGAAAAAGUUUACUUUGUUACAUGCUCACUUCUCAAAAAUUGUACUCAAGUACAGUAACGAAGUACAUUUACUUCGUUUAACGAAGUACAUUUACUUCGUUACUUGACACCAUACUUUUUAGCAGAACCCGAAAGCGGCCCAAAUAAACGGAAAUGAUCUUCUGCAUCAUAAAUCAUCAAGAUUAAAUGGCGUUCUAUUACGUUAUUUGUUCUUGUAAGCUUUAUGCAAGAAUAUGCCGGAUUCUUAUUUCUUCUGGAAAAAAUCUAGGUAGGGUGGUUGGUUCUAAAGUUUUUCAAUUUUCCUAUUUAGAAGUCGCCGCCAGGAUAGUGCAUCGGGUUUUUAGUGAGUGUGUGUUUUAAAGGCGAAGAACAUUAAUUAACGAGCAAUGAAUGUUCAAACAAAUUUAUAGACGAAAGAAGGAUGAAAUCUAUAUUACAUGUUGUUUUCGUUUUCAAACAAUUUUGAUUAAAAAUAUUGUUAUGCGCUAGCAGUGCUGUUUUACUCAGUGUGUUUCAUAAGUCAGCGUUGUUUCCGUUAGCAGUUACUCUCGAAUCACCCAGCCUCGAUCAUAUGACAAAUUCCGUUAUCAGUGAACGAUAAAUGACUUUCAUUUUAUAGUUCUUAUCUUCAGUCGUUCUUCCUAUUUUCUCGAACAUUUUCAGCGAAAGAAAGGUUGAUUGUCAACUUUUGAUGACGAAAGCAAAGGAUGGCGGAAUUGUUUGGUGUGGUACGUCGGGAAAGGUACAUAUGUUACUUAAGUUUCCACACGGGUCCGGUGGGAUACACAUGACUUUCGAUCAUAGAUACAGUUUGUUUCCAUCCUAUAGUCUAUUCACGUGUUUCAUAAGUUUAUUGCACAUAUACUUUCAUGUAUAAGUUGAAUUUCUCGUAUUUUACAGAAACUUGGAAUAUUAACUCCUGGUACAUCAAUUGGAUUGCAACUUCAACUGCUACCACUUGCAACUGGGUUACAGGUACUGUUUCACAUUUCCGCACAUAACUUUGCUAUAUGACAACGCAUUGGCAAGGUAUGGACCAUAGAUGGACAAGGCGCUAACUAGUCCCAGGCUUUCUCUUUUAGGCCAUUUAAUUCCUGCUGUUCAUUUAGCGCUCAGAUAUGCGUGACGUUUAACUUCCAGAAGACAGGGUCUAAGCUAGCCAACGCGCUUUUUUUGCAACAAUAUAUAAUCUCGCUAAUCACAAGCAUUGUAAGCGUUGAGGGCAACAAUUGGCGUUACAAACACAAGUGGCUAUCACACUAUUGUGUAAUUUAGUUUUUCGUUUGAAAGUAAGAGAAUGUUAUCCAGUUCUUUUUAAAAUUGCACUAAAAUAGAACAUUUCUGUUUUCAGACAAUCGGAGGAAUAAGGAUUAUGGAUUGUUUAUCAGCAAAAACGUACGACUUUGAUGAUAUCGCCAAAAUAUUUGUUCAUUCUUCCCAACAAUCUCCAUUUGAAAUCUACAGUUAAUUAUGUCGGAAUUAUACAAGUAGUCUAAGACCGCUGGUAUUAUGAAAUGCAAGGUCUGUGAUUGGCUUCCUCCACAGGCAUCUUGUGGUACACUUGGGUUGCUUGGGUAAAGUCACCACUAAAAUUGUUUUGCCCGCAACCAAAUUCUGCCCGCCUGUACGUAUAAAGGUGAUGCCUACGGAGAUAUUCCGGCAGAUAGAGGAACAAAAAUGGAAAACUUACCAUAUCUAGGGGCAAUUCCAUUUUGCGUUCAUAUUGUGCUCAGGGGCCGGUUGUAUAAAAACGUAGUUAGCGCUAACUGCAGUUAAAAAGUAGUUAAAAAGUGGUUAACUUUAAUCACGUAGUUAAGCCGGUUGUGUAAAAGUGUAGUUAGCCUUAACUGCAGUUAAAAAGUAGUUAAAGUUAACUAUGCUUUAGGGUAUAGUCAACUGUCCAAAACGUAGUUAAAAAUGGCGUUUGUAUAGGAGUGAACAACAUUUUUCAGUAAAACAAUAAUGAAAAGCAACGCUUACCUGAGAUUUUCAAUCGCUAUCUUCCCUGUGAAUGUUUCCUGACAAUAUAAACUCUUCAAAUGCUAUGCUUUGGUAUUUUUACGAAAACAGAACAUAUUUUUGCACAGGAAGAUUUCUCGAAGACGAAGUAUGGUCCAUUACACCAAGAAACACUGAUAUAUAUUUGCCAAACAGCUAUACCUUGGUUUAACGUAGACAUCUCAAGGAAAAACUGCAUUCUUUUAUGAUUUUUGUGGCGGUUUUUCUUUAUUUUUUUGUUUAUUUUUCACUGUUUUCUAGUGUUUUGAAUAAAAUUCCCGCCUAUUUGCAAAAUACGAGUCCACAAUCGUGUUGAAAAUGUGUCAGCGGUCGUUACUCGCUGCUUACUUUAUGUAAUUUCGUGUUUAAACGCCCCACGCACAGAUAACUACGUGAUUAGUUAACUAUCCGACUUACUACGUUUUGUGUAACGCAGUUAAGUCAUGUAGUUAACUAAUUACAGUUAAGGAUUUAACUACAGUGAUUAACGCUAACUACAGUUAGCGCUAAUUACGUUUUUAUACAACCGGCCCCUGAAGGCUAGUAACUGUACGUUUCUGUAUGUCGGCGGCGUUAAAAUGUCUUGCGGGCUCCUGCCGACACGUUUUUCUUCGAAUUUUGUAUUAGAUUCUAUUACAGUUAAGAAAUGUGAAAUUUCAAAUACAUUUCUAACAAAACUGACUUACAUAAGUUGAAAGCUUGCAAAAAACUACAUAUAAGACAUUUAAACGGUAACCAGGGUUUUUCAAGUUCUUCUUGAGUUAUGAGCUGUUGAAAGCGUGUUUUCAGACUAAUACCCAGGAUUUUUGCUAGAUUUUGGCUUAUUUUUCACAUUUGGAACAGCAAUAACUCGAAAACCACUUGAAAAUCCCAGCUAACCAUUUAAAUGUCUUAUAUGUAGUUUUUGUAAUUGCCCCUCGACAUGGUGAGUUUUUUCCUUCUAUCUGCCUGACUAAGAAGGCUAGUCUGUGAUAAUAAUAAUAAUAACAAUUUAAUCAUUUAUAAAGCGCUUUUUACAUAAAUACAUUAUGUGUAGUUUGUCGAGAAGGCCGUUCUUCCGCAUUUUUCGCCAUUUAAUUUCGAAUUUGCUGGGGUAAUAUUUUAUUACAUGCAUGGCAGAUGUUUAUUGUGGAAAUCUCGAUUUGCUGUUGUCUGCUGACGUUUCAAGAUAUUCCAAUAACCACGGGCAAUACAAAAUUUUUAACACCCUGAACAAAUUAAAGAAAACUAUGGUAAAAUUGUACACCUUAUAGAAAUGAGUAAGGAGGAAUAUAUUGAUUGAAAAAAUAUUUUCUAACUAUUAAAGAAGGAAUCUAUUAUCCUGCGUUGAAGUCUCUGGUUUUAAGUAUUUCUUGGCCUGUUUCUCCCUUUCGCGCUUGCCUUAUUUUUGUUGAAUUUGAGAAUUAAUUAGCACCAUCAACGUCGUUCGCUUUAAUUGUUCUCUUUUAGAGUACAUACUUACAAUGCAUUUAUUGCUAUAUAUCGGUUAUUACAUACUUGUCCCUGUGGUAUUUCAGCUCAUAAAGUGUUGAAGUUUUAAAACCACCGUUUGCACCGGAAAACGGUGAAUAGAGAGACAACGAAGUACAAUUUUUGCCCGUCUGCGCAUUAUCUCGCGCAUACUGAGUUUGAGGUUACUGGUGGUGGUUCAACAUGUCUUCCCGUCGAUUCCUGUCUCGUUGUUUAUAUAUCCCGUCUUUGUUCACGACAAACUUUGCCGAAGUAUUCGUUCUAAACGAAGGCAGAAGAACGAGGACGGGAUAUGGAUUGAUGCCUCGCUCUUUUGUCUUGGUCAGGGUAACGAUUAGGGUCAGCAUUCAUAAACAGCUAGAGAUGAAUCUAUAACCUGUCUUCGUUGAACAACCACCGCUGACACCGAACUCAGUAUGCGCCCGAUAAUGCGCAGACAGGCAUCGUAAUUUGUUCUCUUGCUCAAACUCUCUAGUAAAGACGAACCUGAAACGAACAUAUUUUGUGACUGUCCUCAAACAAAAGUGAUCAUUAAUCAGUGGCAGGCGGUCACAAAACAUGUUCAUAUUGUAUACUAGGUUCGUCCCAUAUAAUAUACUGCACGUUACUGUCAUGAUAAAUAAUAAAACACGCUUGUGCAUGACCAUGCAAAUUCAAGAAGUUCUGUAGUUAUCUAAAUUAUUCAGAGGAGAAUCAACAUUAGGAGUCUGCGCAGUACUCAGACCACUAUUAUUUAUCAUUUCACCAUCGCUUGGGAGAUGUACACGUUGACGUAAUGUUUCUCCAUUGGUGGAUGUAGGGUUACUGUUAGAUCUCGGUUCUUGAGUGUCGAGAUCACUUGAGGUUUGAGCAGCGUUGUUUCCAUCAGCGUCAUUAGUACUGAUAUUGAUUUCAUUUUCAGCGUCAGCAUUUUCGACUGCCUCGUUGAGAUUAUCAGUGGCAUUCUGAACUGGUGGGUUGAGAAUCUCUAGUUCUAGUUGUCCUUCAAUAAUCUGACCUUCAGCCACAAUAUGGGCACCUCGUCUUAAAAUAGCUGGUAGUUCAUAGUGAUGGAAAAAGUAAACCAUCGAAUGCUAAAAGAUAAAGAAAUGACAAUGUUAA